AUGGAUUCCUCGGAAUAUCUCCGAAUUCUCGCGAGACUCGACAGUCGAGCGGUCCGGGCAGAACGAGCCCAGUCCAAACUUGAACAGGAACUGAGCGCUUCCAAGGCAGCCGAGAAGCAAGCUACUGAGGAGUUGGAGCAUGUAUCCAGACUAGCGGAUAUUUUCUUUGAACUCAGCCAGAAACUGGGAGGCGUGGUGGAUCAUUGGCUGAAGGAGCGCAGUACUAGCCAAUCCGGACAAGAGCCGGAGUCAACAAAGGUAAUGCUUGAUGUGUUGUUGAAACAAUUGGAAGCACGCGAGUUGGGCAAUAGCGGUGAGAAUUCCGGUGGUGACUCGGAGAGUGGUAGCGCAAGGCCUGCGGAACAGUGCAGCUAA